AUGUCGACGCCAGAUGAAGCCCGCUCGGUGGUGGCCGACGCGCUGGCCGACUUCUUCGGGCAGCUGUACUCGUUCGUCGAGACAAUCGUGACCCGCUUCUUCGGCAACCUGUACCUGUCAUUCGCUGAGGUGAGCGUCAACCGCUGGACGAAGGUCAUCCUCUCGGUGGUGGGGUACAUCCUCGUGCGGCCGUACAUCGAAGCGUGGUUCAAGAAAAUGGCGGACCGCGACUUCAAAAAGCAGCAGGAGAAGGAGAAGGCGCGCCGCGCCGCGUUGGGCGACAAGAAGGCCAAGGUGUCGGCGAAUGCGCUGCGCGGUGGCGGCUCGUCGGAUUCCGGCACGGGCAAGGUUCUCGCGGAGGUGGAGAACACGGACGAUGAGAUCGAGGAGGAGGAGGAUUUUGCGACUGCCAGCGGGGUGCCAGAGUGGAGCAAGACUGCCCGCAAGAGACAGAAGAAGUCCAACAAGAACCCCGAGGCCGAGGAGCAGACGCAGCGGUUGAGCAAGGAGCAGAUCAUGGAGCUGUUGGAUUGGAGUGACGAGGAGGGUGAGAAGGCUGCUGCUCCGAAGCAGUGA